AUGUCGCAAUCCCUCCGCAUAGCCAUCCUCGAAUGCGAUACUCCCAUCGACCCCAUCAAAGCCAAAUACGGUCCCUACGGCGACAUCUUCGAAUCCCACCUCAAGGAGGGUCUCACGCGCAUCAACGCAAAUGUCUCGCUGCAAUUGUCCAAGAUCAAUGUGGUCCAACCGUUUGCGGAGUAUCCUAAGCCAGAGGACUUUGAUGCUGUCCUCUUGACUGGCAGCAAGCACGAUUCCUACAAAGAUGUAUCCUGGAUCCUCACCCUCACCAGAUUCGUUCAAGACUGCUACCACAUCUACCAAAAACCCGUGAUUGGAAUUUGUUUCGGCCACCAGAUUAUUGCGCGUGCGUUGGGAGCCCGCGUCGGUCCGAAUGUGUCGGGGUGGGAGGUGGCGGUUGAGUCUGUCGAUUUGACUAGUGCUGGGAAGCGACUCCUGGGAAGAGAUACUUUGGCCAUACAUAUGAUGCACCGCGAUAUUGUCUACGAAGUUCCGCCGGGAUGCGUCAAUCUGGGCGCCACAUUGAUUUGUGGUAUUCAGGGGCUAUAUGUUCCCAAGCGCAUUCUUUGUGUUCAGGGUCAUCCGGAGUAUAAUGAGUUUAUGGUGUCGGAGUUGUUGAAGCUAAGGCGGGGGAUGCUGGGAGAGGUGGUGUAUGAGGAUGGGAUGGCGCGGGUGGGGAGAGAGCAUGACGGGUUGGUCAUCUUCGAGCACCCCGGCCUGUCGCUCGAAGAGGCCCGUCAGAUCGCCCAAGCCUCGCAAGAUGCCUUCCGCACAUACAAACAGACCACGCUGGCUCAGCGCAAGGAAAUCGUCCUCAAGGCUUUGGACUUGAUCGCUGCCAACAAAGACACUCUUGCAGAGGAAUUGACCACCCAGAUGGGCCGUCCCAUCGCCUUUAGCGCCAAAGAAAUCGAGACCUUUCGCAAGCGCGGAGACCACAUCCUCAGCAUCGCAGAGGAAAGCCUCAAAUCUCUCCCUGGCACGCCCGAAAACGGCUUCAGGCGUUUCCUGAAGAAGGAGCCGGUCGGACCGACUCUGAUCAUCACCGCAUGGAACUUCCCCUACCUCGUCACUAUUAACGCCCUCGUUCCCGCCCUCCUCGCCGGAAACACCGUCCUCCUCCGCCCAUCCCCUCAGACGCCUAUCUUUGGCGAACGUCUCCUCACCUACUUCACCCAAGCCGGUCUCCCUCCCAACGUCCUCCAGCUCGUCCACGUCGGCUCUCCCGACGUGCUCGACCAGAUCGUCCAACUGCCCCAGAUCCAGCUCAUCUCAUUCACCGGCUCUACAACUGGCGGUUUCCGCAUCCGCGAAGCAGUCGCUCGCAGAAUUGUCUCCGUCAACCUUGAACUCGGCGGAAAUGAUCCCGCUUAUGUCCGUCCCGACGCGGACAUCCCCUACGUGGCUGCACAGCUUGUGGACGGCGCAGUCUUUAACUCGGGCCAGAGCUGCUGCGCUGUGGAGAGAGUGUACGUGCACGCAGACGUACAUGAUAAGUUUGUGGAGGAGGUGCAGAAGGAGCUGGCUACAUACAAGCUCGGCUCUCCCCACGACAAGUCCACCACCACCGGCCCGGUGAUCUCCCAAGCAUCCCUCAAGAACAUCCAAUCGCACAUCGAUGAUGCCCUGUCCAAGGGAGCCGUCAACGCCACGCCCAAGAACCCCACGUUCGAGAACACCCCCGCGGAGGGCAACUACCAGGUUCCUACUGUCCUGACCAACGUGACUCACGAUAUGGUGGUGAUGAGGGAGGAGACGUUCGGUCCUGUCAUGCCGAUUAUGAAGGUUUCUUCGGACGAUGAGGCGGUCGCUCUGAUGAAUGACAGUGACUUCGGUCUUACGGCUAGUGUCUGGACCAAGGAUAUCGCCAAGGGAGAGGAGUUGAUUGAGCAGUUGGAUGCGGGAACGGUGUAUAUUAACCGUUGCGAUUACCCAAGCCCGGAUCUCGCCUGGAUCGGCUGGAAGAACUCGGGUCUUGGAUGUACAUUGGGGCCUGAGGGGUUCAAUGCGUUCUACAAGUUGAAGAGUUUCCACAUCAAGGAGCAGCAGGCAUAG